CUUUUCCUCUACUGUUGAAACCCAAACCCGCUGAUUCAACCCGCGAGUUUCCUCUCUCCUCUGCCAUUUUUGGAGCUUGGAAAAGAAAAGAAAAGCAGAGUCGUGAAGUCGAGUCUCGAGUCUUAGCGUAGGCUCUCGCUUUGUAGCUCCUGUUCGCGUUGGCUUUGGCUUUGGCUGUGGCGUGGUCUCUCAAAUUCCUCGUGAUUUCCUUUAUCCACUGUUCCUUUUCCCUCUCUUUCCUCAUUCACUUCCCCAACGCUAAAACCCCUUCUUUUUUCCAUCCAACCCUUCGCUCUCUCCCUUUCCACUUUCGAAUUCCUCUCUUCCCCACCUCCGAUUUCAGACGCUCGGAUCAUUCUGACGUUACGGAACGCAAGCUCUCAACUGGGUUGUUCUCGUUUCAUCGUUUCGCUGGAAAUUUCGGUGCUUCUUUGAAUUUGACUGGAUCCGAGGUUUGAUUUCUGCAUUAGGAUAAUCAAUGGUUUACUGACAUGAACCAGAAUCCUGGCAGAAUUUUGAUGUUUGGUUUGGAAGUUCUUAGAAGAUUGCUGGUGGGUUCAACUCAGCAAAUGAGUAUGGCUGAAGACAACUUCAGAGGACAUCUGGCACACCUUUUGAUAUCUGCAUUGUACCUUAGAAAUGAUUCCUUAGAAAUGGGUUAGCAGUUCUAGCCAAGGCCACAUCUUCUCUCUCCCUUCUCUAUUGUUACACCCCAAAAGAUGACUACAUUAACCAGUACUUCUGAAAUUGUUGAAUCAACAGAAGAAUUUGAGUCCGAGAAAGCUGGGACAAGUUACGCGCUAGAUGUAGGAAAAAGGUUUUCUAUAGAGGAUGACAUUAAUCGUCUGUUUCAAGCAAUUGAUAUCAGAACCUUACGUAAGAGAUCAGGCCAGCAACGUGAAGUUGAUAAAGAUGCUCUGCGAAAGAGUGCAAUGAAAAGGCCAGUUAGAGUAGGUUCGUCUCACAUGGCAGGGAUUGGAAUUUCUGAACCUGCAAGUUUAAAGCAGGCUUUGAGGGGCUUAUGCAUCUCCCAGGCUGCAGAAAUGGCUGCUUCAAAGAGGUUAACAAGGUCUGUAGGUUCACCCAGAAUUUCUGAAGCAGGAACUAUCAAAAGAUUGUAUAGGGCUGUGGUGGUUGAGGCCAAUGGAUCUGGUGUACCUGUAAAUGAAAGCAAAGCAAAUUUGGUAGAAAUUUCCAUUGUUUCAGAAAGAAUUAUGUCAACUUUUCAAAAUAAGAUGCCCGAAUUGUUGCAUAAAACUGACGCUGUUAUACCAAACCAAGGAGCUGAGUCUUCUUCUACUGAGGCAUCAGACGAGGUGAGUGUGGAUAGAUUGAUGGCAAAGGAUCUUGUAGUUCAUUCAGCUACUGAGGCGACAAGUAUAAGGUCACCUGGUGAGGUGGGAAAACUUAAAUCUCCUUCUUUUCCUCCUUCUGGUGAGAAGGAUCUGGCUAUGAACAGCAUGGCUGUCUCCCCAACUGAAGAUUUAACGAAAAAUUCAGUGCCAGAGAAGGAGGGAGGUACAAUGCGUUGUUUAUCUUCUCUAUCAAGUUCCAGAUCUGUUGUCAGGCCGAACAAAUCAGCUUUCAAUAAUACACGGUUCAUCAAACCUAUUUUCAGGACCAAGAAUUUUGUCAAGAAGAAAGCAAAACUUGAACCAAAUUCCUCCCCCGGUAUGUUCCAUGUCUGCACAGUACCAGUUGACACUGAUUUGGCUACCAUAGCAGAAAAGUCUGAGAACCAGAUGCCAGAAAAUGCACAGCAUCAUGCGAUUAAACAAGAAGAUAAAGGUUCUUCUGUCUCUAGUAACAUAACUUUAGGUGUUGAAGUAAUAGGAAAUGUAGUAAACACAGAAUCUAGUAGACCUGGUACUUCUCUCAACUGCUGUAACAGGAACAAACCAUCUAUUGUGCCAUCCGAUGAGAGAUCCAGAUCAAGAGAGAAAGGGAUGUUCUCUCAGAGCUCUAAAAGUAGUGUUGGUGAAUGUAGCAGUAGCCCAAGCAUCAGUGGGGAAAGUAUUCUCAGUGGAUCAAGUCGUAGUGGAGUUAGGCCUCACAUGUCAAAGGACUUGAAAUGGGAAGCUAUCCACCACCUUCAGGAUCAACAUAAAUGCCUGGGUCUGAGAAACUUCAAGCUGUUAAGGAGACUUGGUCUCGGGGACAUUGGGACUGUUUAUCUCUCUGAGCUUUGCGAUUCAAGCUGUCUUUUUGCUAUUAAGGUGAUGGACAAGGAGUUCUUGGCAAGUAGGAAAAAAAUACUUCGGGCACAAACUGAGAGAGAGAUACUACAAAUGCUCGACCAUCCAUUUCUCCCUACAUUAUAUGCCCAUUUUGAGACGGAUAAGCACUUGUGCUUGGUCAUGGACUACUGUCCUGGUGGAGAUCUCCAUGUGCUGCGACAGAAGCAACCAUGCAAGAGUUUCUCUGAGCGUGCAGUCAGGUUCUAUGUUGCCGAAGUUCUUCUUGCACUGGAGUACUUACACAUGCUAGGAGUUGUUUACCGUGACCUGAAACCCGAAAACGUGCUGGUCCGAGAAGAUGGGCACAUCAUGCUCACGGAUUUUGAUUUGUCCCUUAGAUGUGCUGUUAACCCAACGCUUCUUCAGUCAUCAUCUCCAGUCGUGGAAUCCACAAAGAGGACAUUGAAUCCCUGUGAUGAAUCUAGUUGUAUUGACCCUUUCUGCCUCCAUCCAUCGUGGCAGGUCUCAUGUUUCACUCCCAAAGUUCUAUCUGCUCCAUACAAAUCCCGGAGAACGAAAACAGAUCAUCAGGCUAGUCUAUUACCACAGCUUAUAGUCGAACCAACUGGUGUGCGGUCCAAUUCAUUUGUAGGAACCCACGAAUACCUCGCUCCUGAGAUUGUCAAGGGCGACGGCCAUGGGAGUGCUGUUGAUUGGUGGACGUAUGGAAUUUUCCUGUUUGAGCUACUAUAUGGUAAGACUCCUUUCAAAGGUUCAGGAAAUGAGGACACAUUAGCCAACAUAGUAUCCCAAACUCUCAAGUUCCCCGAUUGCCCCAUUGUCAGUUUUCAUGCAAGAGACCUGAUCAGAUGUCUGCUGACAAAGGAGCCCGAAAACCGAUUAGGCUCAACAAAAGGGGCUAUUGAGAUUAAGCAACAUCCAUUUUUUGAAGGCCUCAAUUGGGCUCUAAUACGCUGUGCAACACCACCCGAGCUUCCCAGGUGUUUCGACAGUGGAACUAGUGCAAUGCCAGUGGAUUCUGGAGAGAAUACGAAGCGUAGAGAUCUCGAGAACAUGGAAGCGGAUGCAGCAAUGUUUGACCUGUUUUAGCUUAUACGUUCUGACCAGUGGACGAAGAUGUUUUUGUUUUCUAAGCUCUCAUCCUUAUUAUAGCUUAUAAUGUAAAUGUGUACGUGAAAGGAUAACUAUAUGCUGUAAAGCGUGAUACAUGAAAUAGAUAAAUUUAUAGCAGGCGUGUCUAAAGGAAAAAACAAUAUCUUCGAUUCUUUGCGUUCCCUCCCAAAAAAUAAUCAAAAUACAUGAAUUCAUCCUCUA